AUGAUGGCGGCCAUUGGGCCGGCGCUGGCGGCGGGGGCGGCGGAGGCGUGGCGGAUGAGGAGCCAGAAGGGGCGCUGGGUGGAGAAGGCGCCGAGGGUCGCGACGGCGGCUGCGGGCGCGGCGGCCAUUGCUGCUUUCAAGAAUGGCGGGGAUGACGGGGGGCGGGAGGAUCGCUGGAGCCGGGACCGGUAUGACGAUCGGUAUGAUGACCGCCGGGGGCGGAAGGAGGAGGAGGAUUCCGGGUUCAGCAAGGGGAGCAUGUUGAAGAGCAUGGUGGGCGGGUUGAUUAUGAACCGGUUCGCGCAUGGCUCGAGGAAGUGA